AUGGCUUCGGUAUUGUUAAUUCCUUUAGUAUUAACGCAGGCCAUCACCUCGAUUAUCAGUGGUCAAAUAAUUUCAUACACUGGCCAUUACAAGUAUGUGAUUUUAUUCGGUUAUGGAAGCUGGGUUUUGGGUUGUGGCUUAGUAUUACUAUGGAAUGCAACCAUAAGCAUAGGGGUUGUCAUUGUAGUUUUAAUUAUUAUGGGAGUAGGGCUCGGGUUCACCUUUCAACCUUGCAUGGUGGCUGCUCAAGCUCAAGCAAGGAAGUCAGAAAGAGCAGUCGUUAUAGGCACCAGAAAUGUUAUUAGAUCAUUUGGGGGCGCUAUUGGAAUUGCAAUGGGAUCUUUGAUCGUAAGCAAUACUUUAUUGAAAGAAGUUAAUCAAGCAUUGGUACAUAGAGAAAAAUAUGCAAAUAUUCCCAGUGACUAUUUGAAGUAUUUGAAGCUGCAUAUUUAUACCAGGAUUGAGGUUACAGGUUUAAAUGAAAAACAAGUCAAGGUUAUUGAAUCUAUGUAUAUGAAAUCACUCAUGAAUUACUUCUACUUAGGUAUUCCUUUAAUUGGAAUUUGUUUUAUCAGUUCAUUCUUCUUGAAAGAUAGGGGUGUUCAAUGUAUUGACGAGCAACCAGAACCAAAGGAUAAAGAAAAGAACAUAGAAAGUAAAUAA